AUGACCUCCCCAGACUCGGCUGCCGGUACGUCUCAUGACCCGAACCACAGCCACAGCCACAACGCGCCGAGCAGAAAAACCAUUAACGCGAAAUGCCAGCCGUCGAGCACGCAGCCUCGGCAGAUCUUCCCACACGCAGACCAUCCACAUCGUCCAACUUCGAGUCCGUCACCGCCACCUCACCACCUCACCACCUCCCCCCGCAGCGCAGUGCACCCAAUGCUGACCCCAACCAGCAUCGUCUCGACAUACCACAAGCUCCUCGCGUCCGAUCCCGACCUCACGAAGCCCGUCGCCGCCAUCGAGUCACUCAUUGCGCUGCUCAACACCGUCCCCUCCACAACAGUGUACGAGACCCUCGACACAGUCAAAGCCCACUCCGACCGCCUCAAGGCCUCGGUCGAGAACCCCGUGCCUCUGACCGCCGGCACAGACCUCUUCCUGCAGUACCUCGUCUCCUCGCUUAAGCAGCAGGACGGCAGCUUCGACGCCCUGAGGCAACACCUCCUCCGCAACGGCCGCCUGUUCGCCCAGAGAGCAAUCGACGCCCGCAACGGCGUCGCCGAAGCAGGCUGGCGCUUCGUCAAGGAGGGGAAAUGCGUCCUGACGCACGGCGCCUCGAGGUCCGUCACGGGCCUGCUCGCCCGGGCCGCCAGGAGCCUCAACGGAAAGUUCAAGGUCGUCUACGUCAGGGACAAGACCCGCGUCGACGAGAGCGACGCCGUCGUCAGGGACCUGCGCCGGCUGGGGAUCCCGGUGGCGGAGAUCCCCGAGGCCGCCGUCGCCCACGUCAUGGGCCUCCUGCGCCAGGUUCACAUGGUCAUUGUCGGCGCGGAAGCAGUGACUCAGAACGGCGGCAUCAUUUCCAGAAUCGGCACCUACCAGAUCGCGCAGCUGGCCUCCAGGGCCAGGAUCCCCUUCCUCGUCGCCGCCGAGACGCACAAGUUUGUGCGCAAGUUCCCCCUCGACCAGCGCGACCUCGGCUUCGCGCAGCGCGUGCUUGAUUUCACCACCGGCGCCGCGAGCAGCCUGCCCGACAACGCGGUCGACUACACGCCCCCAAACUUGAUUGCCAACCUCAUCACCGAAAACGGCGUCCACCUUCCCAGCUACGUCUUCGAGCAGCUUCUCAGCAUCUACGGUAGUCUUAAUGGGUGA